GGCCAAACGUACCUUGGACCGAACUGAGAAAAGGCCGAAACGAUUUGUUACCGUCUAUUGAUUCUCGGUGUUAUAAGCGGACUUUCAUUUUAAGUUAUCAGACACUAUUGACUAUAUACUGAUAGUUGAAGAUGGCAGAUGGAAAGUCUGUCAAAGUUGGAACACGUGUGGAACUAACAGACAAAGGGCUUGUGGGAACCGUGGCUUAUGUAGGAACAACACUAUUUUCUAGUGGAAAGUGGAUAGGUGUCAUUUUGGACGAGGAAAAAGGGAAAAACAAUGGAACAGUUCAAGGGAAGACAUACUUUUCCUGUGAUCCAAAUCAUGGUAUCUUUGUCAGGCAGUCUCAGAUUUCUGUCAUAGAUGAGGGAUCAGGUAGGACAACUCCUGUGUCAACUCCAACGACCACUAAACUUCCUGCAUCUUCAAUAAAGAAAUCAGGAAUUCGCCCUCCAAGUUAUGCAGGAAAAAGUACUGAAAAUUUGACAGAUUUGAGUGGUACUCCAAAAAAGGCCCCCAGUGUACCCUCUGAUCUUUCUAAAAUAGCUAGUGGAACAGGUUUAUCUACACCUAAAGGUCGUGGUUCAAUAUCCAAACUACCAGGGCCAAAAUCUGGACGUGACAGCAGUAGCCGUGAAUCAACACCAAGUGAUGAGAACUUGGCAGGAUCACACAGAGGGAAAGCAAAGGCAGAAGAAAAAAAGACAGACUCCAUACCAGACCUGUCCUCAAUGACCAGAUCCCUGGACAGCUCACUGACAGGUGCUGGGCCAGAGGAUAAGUUCUCCAGCGUACAACAAUUACAGGAGAUGGAGGGAUUGCGUGCAGAGAUCAGGGAUCUAAAUGAGAAACUGGAAACACUGAAAAUAAAGAGGGCAGAGGAUAAAGUCAAACUUAAGGAAUUUGAGAAAGCAAAGAUACAACUGCAGCAGCUGCAAGAAUACAAAAGCAGAAUGCAGGAAACUCAGAAGGAAUUGCAACAACAACUACAAGCCUCCAGAAAGGAAGCUAAGGAUAUCCAGGAGAGUUUCAACAACUACAAAGACGAGAUGUCAGACCUGACAGAGACUGUAGAGAUAGCAACUCUGGAUAAAGAAAUGGCAGAAGAGAAGGCUGAGGGGCUCCAACAGGAAGUGGACACGCUCCGCGAUCGAGCUGAGGAACUCUCCAUGGACCUGGAGAUUCUAAAAAAUGAGAUAAGUGAAAAAGGAACUGCUGGUGUGGCGUCUGAUUAUGAACUGAAGCAGAGAGAUCAACAGAUAGAAAGACUAAGAGAGGCACUUGUUAAAAUGAGGGAUUUGUCAAACCAUGAAAAACAGGAAGUGCAGAGAUUGACCAAGGCCAAUGAGAAAAACCUGACAGAAAUUACCAAUCUGAAAAAAGAAAAGGAGAGGUUUGCUAGUGAGGUGGAGGAGUUGUCUCAGCAAAUGAUCGACCUCAAGGAACAGGUGGAUGCUGCAUUAGGUGCUGAGGAGAUGGUGGAGACUCUGACAGACAGAAACCUGGCUCUGGAGGAAAAAUUACAGGAAUUAGAGGAGGAGAAAGCUGACCUGGAAGCUCUCCAUGAGAUGAAUGAAGAAUUACAAGAAACAGCUCGGGAAGCAGAAUUAGAAUUACGAGAGGAGCUUGACCUUGCUACUGGACGUGCCAAUGAGUUCAAGAGAAAGCUGGAUGCUACAGCUGAGACAUUUGCAGACUAUGAGACAACAAUUAGUAAAUUCAGAGACUUAGUCUCCACAUUGCAGGACACAAUCAGAGACAUGAGAAGUCGCCAGGCCGAAACUGAGCUAAAGUCAGAGUCUACACCCACGAUUGAAGUCAUUGACUUUAAAACAAAGUUUGCAGAAUCUAAGGCAUAUGCAAAGACUAUAGACAUGGAAUUGAGGAAAUUGGAAGUGCAGCAGGCUAACCGACAUGUGGGGCUGCUACAGUCGUUCAUGGGAGAUAACUUCAUGAACAGGGGGGGAGAUCAUGAUGCUAUCCUUGUUCUGCUAAUGAUUCCACGCAUCAUCAAUAAAGCAGAAUUAUUGGCCUCACAGAUCAAGGAUAAGUUUGAACUGACAGAGGAUAUUGACCGUGACAGUGUACUAAAGAAUCACCGAGCAGAGCAAAGCAGUUUCUCAAGGAUGCUGGUCCUCUUACUGAAUACCUUACAAGGAAUCAUGAGACAGUAUGAUUUUGCACUUAAAACAUGCAAUGUGGAUCUAUUGCUGAAGAUUGGAACUUUGCUCCCAGAGAUCAGUGCUCAUGAAACAUCAGUGGACUACUUCAUAGAGCUGCUACGCAAGGAUCAACUGGAUGAGACAAUUUCACUGGAUCUGCUGGAAAAAUCAAUCAGCUAUUUCCAGCAACUGCAUACAGUUCACCUGUCUCAAGAAAAAGUGGAGUGUACAGCAAUGAUGGCUGACCAAGUACGACAGGUACAAAGUGCAACUGAGUGUGUAGGAACAGAUAUUGCUAGACUCAAGGUCCUUCUCAUGCCAAAGCAAGAGAAAUCGGAAAUUGCAAUUCUUUUCAAAGACCUUGAAAACUGCAAUAAUGAAACGAAGAUGUGUGCUAGAAAGAUAAAGAGGAGGCUACCACAAGGAGAUGGGUCUGCAACUCCCCUUUCUUUUGGUAAAGAGAUUCAGGAUCUACUGAUAGACUGCAGUAAGAACAUCACCCAGGUAACAAAGACUCUGCACAUGUUGGCCUCAGCUGCCAUGCAACAGGCUGCCUUGAUGACUGGAGGAAAACUGGAGGAUUACCAUGAUUCUGAAGGUUUGAUGCCAAAGAAAAUGGAGGAGUUAGCAUUCCAGUCCAGCGAUAAGAUUUAUGGGAAAGAUGACAUGGGACCUUAUGAAUGUCUGAGAAUGUCUUUUGGUAAAGUGGUUGGUACCAUGAAUAAGCUUGCUAAUGCCAUGGAGAAUGGAGAGUACGACUUUGAUGGAACCCAUGACAAGACACCUGUUCCUCCUGUUGUGCUAAGAGCAAAGACUGUGAAAGCACAAAUUGCAGAGAUGGACCAACUGAAGGUCAAGAUGGAGACCAAGGAAGAAAGUAUGAAGGAGCUAAAGUUACAGGUCAUGAAGAAGCAAGAGGAGGUCAGUGAGAUGCAGGUCAGAAUCGGACUCCUGGAGAAGAAGCUGGAAAAUGCUACAAAAGACGGAGACAGUAGACUUGAAAAAAUUCAGAGAAAGCAUGAUGAGCUCCUUGCUCAGCUCAGAAAGAAAGAAAAGGAGUUUGAGGAGACUAUGGACACUCUUCAACAAGACAUCGAUACCUUGGAACAGGAAAAAAUUGAACUCAAAGAGAGGCUGAAAAUUCUCUCAAAAAAAACUUUAAUUGAGGGAAUCACAAGACAAGCCAAACAUCCAGCACAAAAUCUGGGGUCACCAGUUCAUUCAGAGGAAGGAUACCUCCUCCAGGAUUCUCCUUAUUUCACUCAACAGGUAAAAUCUUUAAGAGAGGCUUUGAAGUCUGUGAAAGAUGAAAAUGUCAGAUUGAAAGCAGAUAGAACGAAAGAACAAAUGGCAAAGCUUUCUCCUUUGAGGGUUCCAAAAAAAGCCUUUGAACUUCGUAAAAAUUCAGGCUCAUUUAAAGAAGUGAAUAUACCAGUGGGCAUCCAAGGGAAAGAUCAACUUAACAACUUGCGAAAGGACACUGCCAAAUUACUGGAGGAAGUUAACAUGAUGUGUGCUUGCCCAAAAGUAAUAGACAUCAGCAAACGAAAACCAGGACAGGAACCUCUGACUGAGUUGGGGAACCCAGCUAGGGAGCUGGUAGCCAGAACUGCUCGAUUGACAUUGAUGGGAAGGAAAACCCAACAGCUACAAGUUCAAGUCACAAAUCUUCUGGCUGCCAAUAGGACUGGGGGUCAAGUCAGAACAGAUUUGUCUACUUUUCCUACUCCAGAGUUUGCUAGAAUGUUGCUUGAAAAGAGUGCAGAGAGUCAGUUGAUUGGUCGCAUCUCAAUACCGACUAAAUUAGGACAAGAGGAUAGAAUUCCAUUGAACCUUCAGCCCUCAAGUUUCAAGGAUAUUCAUGCUGCUUUUUUGCAUAUGUAAAUUGUAUAAAAAUUACAACCAAAAAACUGUUCGAAUGCAUGCUUAAUUCUUCUUGGUGGCUGUUUCUGUGCAAUGUUGUUUUUUAAAUCGAAUUUUCAUUAUAAACAAUAUAUUAACAAUUACAUUGUAUAUAUAAACAAUUGGUGAUAUUUUUCGGGUUUUUCAAUUUAUCCAGGACCCUUCAAAUUGCUUCAAUACAUGUUCUUAUGAAACCAACAUAUUCAUUAUAAAGAGCACUGAUGUUUGAUCAAAUAUAUUUGACAAUGAUGUUAUAUCUACAUGAACAAUUAUUAUGAGAAAUGUUAAUACUUGCAGAAACUGAAUAAGCUGUUCUAACGUUUGGUAUUUGAGGAACACGAAGUACUGAUUUUUCAAAUUUUAUGUGAAUUAGAACCUUUACAUGCAUGUUUAAAAUUUGAUAUGUUAAACAUUCGCCCAUAUUGUUUUUUGAACAGGUGAUUUACUAGUGUAUGCCACUUAGUACUCUUUUUGAACAAAUGUAUAGUAAUGAUUUUGAUUUUCAAAUUCCUAUUUUUUUCAAUUUAAGACUGCUAAAGGGUUAAUCUUAGGAAGGGAGUCGUAUCAGGGUUCUCACAAAUCAAAUUUUCUUUUGAAUGUUAUGUCUUACAUACAAUCGUACAAUCUGAAUAGAAAUAAGCUGACCCAAGUUAAACUAAUCACUACUCGUAAAAGGCAUAUUCUUCCAUAUUUCUCUUUCUCGCUAUCACUACAACGCCUAUAUUAAGCCCCUGUCACACUGUCACAAUUUAGAGCUACGGCAGUGUACAAAUUCAAUAAUCAUACAUAUUCAGGAUUCAUCAGAGAUAGUUGAAGGCUUUCUUUCUUUAUCUCAUCUUCAUCAAAUUGCCAAAUGCGGGAAUUGUUUUAAACAUGUUCAAAACAAUUGUGCCCAGAGUAUGAUUUUUUUGUACACUCUCGCACGGCACUCGCACUGCACUCCUGCACAUAGUCGCAAUAAAUCACAGUAUGAAUUACCAUCUUUAAGUUCUCCUUAAAGAUAGCUUAAAGAUGCUUAAAGGUAUCUUAAAGACGAUCUUUAAGCUAUAUGUGUUGCUUAAAGAUGGCUUAAAGAAAGCGUAAAGAUGGCUUAAAUGCAUCUUUAACGACAACUUAUAGGUCCUUAAUGUCCAAACUUCUUUAAGCCACCUUUAAGCCAUUAAAAAAUCUUUUAAUUCAAUAUUGUGCUUAAUUUAUCAACAAAAUGUAUUAACUUUAUGAUAGAAAAGGUAUUAAAACUUUUUUUGUCCUAGAAAAUAAAAUGAAAAAAAAAAAAAUCAAAACCGCAAAGACGAGGAUUGUACCCGGGACCCAUCGUUUACCAGCAUCACCUCACUCCCUCUGCGCCACUGCAACUUACAUAUAUUGGUGGUUUUUAUAUCCUAUAUAUUAGUGGAUAUUGAAUUAAUGUACUGAAUGUGUAUUUUUUACGUGAAAAGAUUUUAAUUUCCAUUCAGUUUGUAACAAUCAAUGAUAUCUAAUUUAUAAAUUAUAUGCAUGCAUGUAUUUAGAAUGAAAUACGGAAAUUGGUAUUCAGUGAAAAAAAAUAUAUUAUUAUACCUAAAUGGAAACCAUUAGGCUUACUAGUAGGCCUACUUAGUUAAUAAAUUUAAACUGAGUUGAUAUACAUUCAUCUAAUUCAUAGCUAAAUGGAAUGCAAGGAAGAAGAUGAAAUCAUUUCUUUCAUUAAAUGCAUUGAAACUAUAAGGGUAUUAGUGCUACGCAAUUUCCCGUUUUUCAUGAUCAAGGCACCGUUCCAGUAUGUUUAAAUAUUUAAUUGUAUACAUGAUUUUUAGACUAUCAAUUCUAUAACAAACAAUAUUACCAAUUACCGGUGACGUAUUUUCUGCAUAUGCAAAUGAUUUAUACAUACAAUUGUAUGAUGUACCACGCCAGGUAUGUGACAUAUUUACCCUUAUACAUAUAUUUAAAUAAUUAACCCUUUUUUAUGAUCACCGGUACAGUAAUUAAUUAGCCUCUAGAUUUUACUCUUACAUACAUGUAACUAUCUUUAAUUUGUAGACGUAACAUUUUUAAAACCCAGAGUUAGGAAAUAAUACUUUGAAAAUGAAUUACAAAUGUAAAUAAACUUUUAUCACUAUACUUAUCGUAUGUACACGUACAUACCAAGAUUGCACCUGGGCACACGACACACCUGUUGUGUAUAUUUUGUAUAUUCUGUGUUAGUUCCAGGGGUUUUCUUAAGUUGGACAAACAAUAGACUCUAAUUAGAUAUACACAAACGAACAAAACUAUAUCUAGACAAACAAAGCAGUUAUAUCCUGCCCGAUUAACAAUAGCAGUUGAGAGUCUUUUCAUCUUUAACAUGUAUCUAUCAGAUCUAGAAUUAGACCUAGAAAUAAUUAAAAUUGAAAAAAAAAUGCAUACCUUAAACCGAUUAUUAAUUAAAUUAUGCAUUUUUGGUUCAUUAUCUUUAUUUUGUUUAAUAACCGGAUGAACUGAGAGAGAGAGAGAGAGAGAGAGAGAGAGAGAGAUUUCACCGAUUAAUUUAUAAUAGGAACGAGACAUAUUUUAAUAGAUUUAGAUACAGAGACUGCGCUCACCCCUACAAUAAUUUUGAAAAAAAACCAUAAAGAAUUUUAUAACGGCAAUCUGUGUCCAUCGGAGCGGUGUUGAUGAUAGCGAUCAGUAUUUAAAGGAGCGACAAUUAAAACCGCCUGGAACACCCUCUUUCCUUGGAAAUUAUAUAAUCACUCGGAUCACCCCCUCCCAUCCCUACAAAAGAUCAUUUGCAUUUAAUAUAUGUUUUUAUUGUUCAGCUUGAUCAAUCUUGACUUAAAGGGAACUUAAAGAUGGUGUAAAGACAACUUAAAGGAAGCGUAACUGACACUUAAAGAAGCUUAAAGGUGGCUUAAAGAUGGCUUAAAGGUGACUUAAAGAAGUUUGGACAUUAAGGACAUGUAAGCUCAGCUUAAAGGUGGCUUAAAGAUCGUAUAUCCUUUAAGGACUUGCCUAAAGAUUGUUUUUUGCCCUGUGAAUCUUAAUCAUUCGUAGGAAACUCACGAAACCUUGAUGUACUUAAGAUAUUACGAAUAUCCUUCGAUAUACCCCGAGUAUUCUUCAAGUUCUUGUGAUUUUCUUGAGCCUUCCCUGGGUAUCCUCUGAAUGAAUGAAAAUGUAGUUCGAUUUCAAGCCAAUAUAAUACAAAAACAGGGGUUUGAGAGCGAGUGCAAUACGAGAACUUUGCGAGUGAACUCUGAGAUAGUGCAAAUAUACGAGAUUAGUUAGUGUUUCAGAAUAGUCUUCUUUUGAUUACCAAGUACAUCGUCCAGUAAAUACGCAAGUUUCUUGUCUUUCGAAAUAUAACAUAUACUUGUAAUUUCUCCUUUCUGGAAAAAACCAUGAAUUUUAAUCUUGAUUGAUAAAAUUAUUUUGGUAAUAAAUCAAACAUUGCUGCUGCUGUUUUCAUAACUAUUUAUAUAUAUUAAUUCAUGAACUAGAACAAUAUCAUGAUCUUCUUGUUCUUUUAUAAUUACAAUAGGCCUAAUAAAGGUCCGUCGGCAAAUUAUUAAAACAAUUUUAGUCACAGUUGAAAACAUUGGCACAAUAUGGAUUUCGUUGGUAAUCUUAGCCCACGUACGUGUAGGUGUUUACAAUUUUUUUUAUAAUCUAUAGGAAUAUUACCCUUACUGCAUUAUUUAUCUUGUGGUGUAAAAAAAAUAUUUCCAGGUAAGUAUUCUGUGCAUAAUACAAUCAUUAGGUUGUUUAAUAAUUACUUUAUUAAUUAACACAAUAUAUAUACAUGUAUAUUUGUAAAAACCUGUAUCUAUUCGUGGGAAUAUCUGGUAUCAAUCGUACAAUUUCGUACUCAUUCUUAAGAAUAUCAUAUAAAAAUCGUCUUCCAUCUUGCAUACUAAUAAGAAGAUUACUUGAUCGCCCGAAUUCGUACACGAAUCGCCACUACUCGCCCUGAUAUCACACUGUAGUAAAGUCGUACAAUAUUGAAAAAUGCACUGCCUGUAGAAUUAUUUCAAGACAGGUGAUUUUUAACUUUUUGUUUUGUGGCAAUUAUAGCAUAAAUCGUGACAGUGCAACAGGGGCUUUAGCUGCAGACCUCUUAGAGUUCGAAGUUGCUGUAGAUCUUUCACCUAUAUGGACGUACAUCUUAAUUGCCGUUUUACUCGGUCGCGAUGAAGUUAUCAACGUUCAUGCAUAUUUUUCAAGCCAGGAAAAUACUGAAAUCAAAUAAACAGGUCAAUGCAAUAUUUACGAACAGAAUAUGCAUAUAAAGCAAGAAAAAAUGAACAAAAUGUAAGAUUACGAAAGGAAAAAUGCAGAUGUGCUAGCGAGUGUAACAAAAUCGAAGGUUUUUUACACCUAUUUACGAGCUCUUUUCAGCUUUUAGAUUUAUCCGAGACCAAUGUUUUUCAGGAACAAUGGCACAGAAAAAUCUCAGAUAGUUUUUAUCAAUCUAACUGCUAAAUGGUUUCGAUUUUUGAUAAAGGAAAUGGAGGAUUUUUAAUUCAAAUGAAGUUGUAAUUAGGGGCUUUGUAUUUUUCCGACCAAUUGCAAUCAUGCAUCAUUUACUGUAGCUUAAGAUAUCAAAGAAGAAAAAGAAACAUCUUAUUUUAAGAAAUCUUUUUAUAGAUUGAAUAUCAAUUUAUAUAUUUCAUUGUAAAAAGAAUAUGAUAAAUGAUAAAAAAAAACGUACAGUAAAAAAAUUAAAUAGAGGUUAGAGGAAGUGCAGGCCAUCCAAUAUCCAUUUUUUUUUUUUGGGGGGGGGGCUUUGUUGGGUAGUAUUGUAUGAUAGAUAUUCUAUAAAAUUAGAUAAAUGGGAUUGCAUUUUUUAGAUUAAAAAAGAGCGUCUAGUUUACUCAAUUUAUUCAUAUCCGUAAUGUUGGGUGGGGAAUUUUACAUUAAGCUGACCUUCCUACAAACAUUAGAUGGUCAAAUUUUAUUUAAUGGUUACAAUGACUUAAGUGUUAUUAAUUUUUUGAUUGUAUUAUUAUAUCAUGAUUUUUUCAUAAAAACGUGAAAAAACUGGCUCCUUUCCUUAAGAAUAAAUAGUGCUUAUUACAAUGAAA